AUGGCGCUGCCCACCAGAGCCGUGGCAGCCGUGGCAGGCUGGGCGCUUCAUUUCCUCGAGCCUGCAGGCGCGUGUCCAUGUGUGCUUGCGGCCAUCCGCGCCUCUGCGCUUUUCUACCCUCCUCCGUGUGCUGAGCAUCGCCACGCACACGACUCCACGCCGCGUCCACUACCUCCUCACUACCGAUACCCCCCAGCACGCCAUCCAGCCCUAGACCCAGUCAGCACAGUCAGCGGCCUCCGAGCAAAGCUUGUCUCGGCUGCUUGUGGGCCUUAUUUGGCUAUCAGCCGCCACUCCACGCGCGGCGGGCGAUCCAGAGACGCCAUCCCAACGCCGAGAAAGGGCCAAAAGUCCUUUCUGGGGCCCAAGCCUGCGCUGCCCUGGCCUGCCCUGCCCGUGAGCAAGUACAUGAGCCCAGAUGACUGCUCGUGGCUUUUGCAAAAGUUUCGCCUUUUUUUCCUCGUCCGCCUGCUGUCUAUCCACUCCCAUACCCACCCACGCCCACUUGUCCUGACUCUGCCUCCCCGGCGUCGUUUCACCUCGCUAGCCUUCCGCCCAGCACCCGGCCAGCCUUGA